UUCAGGGUCAAUCACUUGAGUUUCUGUUGUUUCGACUACCUCUAUCAAACCACUUCAAGUCCCACGUCGCUUAACCUCAUACCCGUUCGUUGUCUGGCGUUUCUGAGCGUGCAUCUUGUUAUAGACUUUUGGUUGAACAGUCACACGAGCCUGGCGCCGGACUCACAUUCCUUCUUCUGGCCACGAACUUGAUGAUAUCUGCUCCCCUUUAGGCCUGUGCUCUACCAGAGACUAGUCCCAUUCUUACCCCUGGGCCAGCCUCGUCUGUUGGACUCCAACCAACCAACGAUGGAGCAACAAGUCCUUGACCUGCUUCAGGCAACGACCCGGCCGGACACUGCCAUCAUUAGAGAUGCUGAACAGGGUCUCCUCCGCCUCUAUCCGCAACCAGAAUUUCCCUUUGCCCUUCUGACCAUCGCCUCGCAUAAUGACAUCGAGUCUAGUGCUCGCCAGGCUGCGUUGACCGCCUUGAAGAACUAUGUGCUUGCGACUUGGUCACCGCAGUUUGAUGAGACCUUCACAGGCAGUGUGUACCUGGACGAUGGGGCCAAAGCCAAAGUCCGAGAUCAGGUCUUCGGGCUCUGUACAGUUGAGGGUGAUCAGGCCCCCAAGGACCCACGAAUCCAAGCGCUUGCCGCCGGCGUGGUGAGCAGAAUAGCGACCGUUGACUUUCCGGAUGCAUGGCCUUCAUUGUUCCCUUCGCUUCUCACCAUCUUGAAUACGUCAACGAGCGAUCAACCCAUUCAGGGGGCUCUUCGUGUUCUUGCAGAGUUGGUUGACUCAGGCUUGACAGAGGAACAAUUUUUCCUGGUCGCGCGCGAUCUGGUGGGUGCUUUGCAACAUGUUGCUCUUGACAACAGCCGGAGUUUGAUCGUGCGGGCCAUGACCUUGAAUGUCUUCCGCGCAUGUUUUGAGAUGCUGGAGAUGGUCAUGGCCGAUCAUGGAGCCGCUGUCAGAGCAUUCUUGGACGAAUCCAUGAAGGUGUGGAUGCCCUUUUUCAUGGAGACCAUCAGACAGCCACUGUCACAAGCGGACAAGACCGUUGUAGACCAAAAAGACAUCCAAUUAAGGGGACUUGUGGCAUUGAAGGUGCAGGUGCUGAAGACUCUUGACAAGCUCAGACAGGUCUACGUCCAUGCCAUCUCGCCCCACGCGGUGAUGUUAUUCCAAAUUGUUUGGGAGGAACUAUCAAGGAUUGCCGAACCAUACGCCGAACUCUUUAUCGAAGGCAGUGCAGAUGGGAAGUUGGUCGAUAGUGACAACCUGCCCUGUAGCCUGGAUGCCUUGGUCCUCGAGGAGAUUGACUUCCUUCAAAUUAUCAUCAAAGCGCCGCCAGUGCGGACAGAGCUUACUACUCAGAUGAAACAACUUGGUGACGCCCAGCAUACAGUUCCAUGGCUGCAAGAGCUGGUCCGGGUUCUGAUGUUAUACGCCAGAAUUCCGCAGGAAGAGGAAGGUCUCUGGGAGUUCGACGCGAAUCUUUACUUGUGUGAAGCAACCUCUCUCACUGCUAACUACACGCCUAGGGCUGCGUGCGCCGAACUGGCAGUACGAAGCCUGGGAGAGUGGUUGAAACAAGUUCCAAUCUUAGCUAUGCUACAUUUCAACCAAGUGACACUCACCUCACAGACGACAGGCUGGAAGGAACGUGAAGCACUCCUCUACCUCCUAAACCAAUGCCUGAGAGACGUCGACGACGUAUCAGGGAAACUGGACCCAUCUACUGCCUCGGCCAUCCUCGAACAAGUGUCCAGUGUCCUGCAAGAUUCUCAGUGCUUCAUGCGAGCCGCCGCCCAGCUCAUCCUCGCCAGUCUCUUCAAGGUUGCUGGGGAUGACUUCUUUUCCGCUGGAGCAGCUGCUUUCUCAAACACCAUCAAUGCUGCUACCGCUGACCCCUCUGAUGUUGUCAAAGUUGCCUGCCUCAACGUCAUUCCAGACUACAUUCAGGCCCUUCCACAACAUGUGACACGACCCAUGCAAGGUGCAAUCUUCGAUGCCCUCAGCGAGUUCAUUUCCUCACAUGACCUUCGGGAUGAACUGGAGGACGCUGAUGAUGUCAAAGCCGCCCUGAUUCAGACAUUACGUGAUACCAUAAUGCUUGACACUAGCGCCAUCACUGAUGGCAAUGCGAUCGAUUUGUUCUUCACUCUGGCCUCGGAUGGAGCGUCUAAUUUCCAACUGUUCACUCUUCUUACAGAAGCGUUUGAAGGCAUUGUGUCGUCGGUUGUGUCCCACGGACCGGACCACUAUGUACGCCUGUGUACGAAAACUCUGCCAUCGCUCACCGGGGCCUUCGACAUUGCGAAUAUGACACAAGAGUCCGCUUUGACCAACCUCGCUGCGGAGCUUGUCAAUGCACUUGCAGAAUUUGGUUCCGAACCUCUUCCUGAGGGCUUCGUGGCUGCUGUCAUGCCAAAACUCCAGCGUGUGCUCAUGGAAGCAACCGAAGCCGAGCUCGUCCGGCCCGCCACCCUCGCUGUCGGACAUAUGCUGAGCAAAGGCACGUCGCAGUUCCUUGUGUGGACAGAUUCACAGGGAAAAUCCUCUAUUGAAGUGACACUGUCAAUUGUCAACCGAUUGCUCAACUCGCCUGACGUCGAUGAGUACGCCGGCCAGGAAGUGGGCGGACUGGCGUCGACCCUCGUAACCAAGUUUGGCUCCGACAAGCUUGGACCAUAUCUGAUGGACUUGUUGCGGGCGGUGGCGGUCCGACUUGCGACUGCCGAACGGAUCCAGUUCAUACAGAGCUUGUGCAUGGUAUUUGUGGAGCUUUCACUCGCUGCGCCCAAGGAAGUGGUCGACUUCCUGUCCGAGGUCAACAUCAAUGGCACCAACGGGCUGGCUGUGGUCUUGACGAAAUGGCUCGAGAAUUCGGUGCAUUUUGCAGGCUUUGAUGAAGUCAGGCACAAUGUCGUCGCUCUCUCCAAGGUCUUCUCCCUUCAUGAUCCUCGUGUCAAAGCCGUCCAGGUCAAAGGGGACUUGAUCGUAGAUGCCAACCCCUCCGGCCGUAUCAAGACGCGAUCCCAGGCCAAACUCAAUCCCGACCGAUGGACGUCGGUGCCUGCGGACUUGAAAAUCCUCAAGAUUCUUGUUGACGAACUGGCAUCCGCCGCCACCUCGCAGUACCCAGACUUUGCGGCGGCAAAGGCGGCCGCGGAUGCCCUGGACGAAGAAGAUGCCGAAGCCGACGAUGCAGACGAAUGGGAAGACGUCGGCACCGGUGGUGCAAUUGACCUUGCGAGUGCGACAAUCCGAGGGGAUCUGAUGGCCCUGGUCGGCGAGGGAGGGUUUGGCGCUGACGGGGCCGGAGCAAGUCCCACCGGUUCUAGGGCUAGAGAUGAGGAGACCGCCGAUUACUUGUUGCAAUGGUUCAAGGCUGAAGCUGAGAAGGAAGAUUUUGCCUCGCUCUUUGCACAGUUAACGGACGAGGAGAAGGCGAAACUACAGCAGCUGGCUUCUUAGACUGUGUACCUUAGGUAGGCACAUCCAACAUAUCAGUUCAAAAUCACUUCUGUAUCUUCCGACUUAUAAUUACUAGUAGUAUUAUAGAUAUAUAAGAAACGGUAUAGUCUUCAACCUAGAGAUCAAUAUAGUUUCGAGACCGUUUAGGGGCUCAAAUAUAUAUCCAACACGAUUCCGAA